ACCGGACGUCCCUCAUUCUCGUCGACAACCGCCAUCAUGUCUCACCUCAACAAGAUCGCCCCCAACUCGCCUUCGCGCCAGAACCCCUCGGAGAUCGAGACCAGCAUUGCCAAUGCUCUCUACGAGCUCGAGAACAACAUCCAGGACAUGCGCGCCUCCCUGCGCCCCCUGCAGUUCGUCUCUGCCCGCGAGGUUGGACACGGCAGAAAGGCCAUUGUCAUCUUCGUCCCCGUUCCCCAGCUCCAGGGCUUCCACAAGGUCCAGCAGCGCCCUCCAAGUCCUCAAGUAACACCCCAUCAGNNCUUGACCCGUGAGCUCGAGAAGAAGUUCUCUGACCGCCACGUCCUCAUCGUCGCUUCCCGCCGCAUCUUGCCCCGCCCCAAGCGCAGCAACCGCUCGCGCACCAGCCAGACCCAGAAGCGCCCUCGUUCGCGCACUCUGACUGCUGUCCACGACGCCAUCCUUGCCGACCUCGUCUACCCCGUCGAGAUUGUUGGCAAGCGCAUGNNCCGCACCAAGGAGGACGGCACCAAGGUCCUCAAGAUCGUUCUUGACGAGAAGGAGCGUGGUGGUGUUGACUACCGCCUCGACACCUACUCCGAGGUCUACAAGAGACUGACCGGCAAGGGUGUCAACUUCGAGUUCCCCGUCGCUGCCGCCGAGUACUAA